CUCUCGGCUCUGCUAGAGUACGUGCUCGUGGUGACGCCAUCGCCCUGCUUCUCCGAGUUCUGCCGGGCCACAGCAGAGAGCUAGAUCGGAAGUGGAGCAGCCAGGCUUUGAACCGGUGCCGACAUGGGAUACCAGCACUGCAGGCAGAGGCUUUACCGGCUGUGCCACAGCUCUGGCCCCAGCAAGCACUUUUUAAAUGUGCACUGAAUGCAUAACAGAAUUUCCAGGCAGAGUUAGUGAGAGAGAAAGACAGAGAGAAAGGUCUUCCUUCCAUUGGUUCACUCCCCAAAUGGCCACUACGGCUGGCGCGCUGCACUGAUCCGAAGCCAGGAGCCAGGUGCUUCCUCCUGGUCUCCCGUGCGGGUGCAGGGCCCAAGCACUUGGGCCAUCCUCCACUGCCUUCCAGAGCCACAGUGGAGAGCUGGACUGGAAGAGGAGCAACCGGACAGAAUCCAGCACCCCAGCCGGGACUAGAACCCGAGUGCCGGCGCCGCAGGUGGAGGAUAAUAGCCUAGUACUGGAGCAAGUAUCUCAGGAAUGGACAGUUGCCUGUAUAACCAUGUUAUCAUUUGUCACCUGAGAAAAUUAAUAAUUACGUAAAAUAACUUAAAAGCAAAUCUACAUUCAGAUUCAGAUAACUUCAGUCUCCACUGAUAAUCAAGCAAAACAAAGAUGAGCUUCUUCCAUGGACUGCAGUCUGCUACUAGAAAUUGUGUUUUCUUUCGAUUUAAUUCACUGGCCAACUGGAGAAAAUGUAACUCACUAGCAGUAACCUUACCAGGCUGUCAUCAAGUUCAGUUUCACCACAUAGUAAAUAAAUAUCAGAGACUUGCAUCAGUAAAUCAAUGUGAUAAGUUGACUUUUGUGCCUGGAAACUUAUCUUUUCUUAGGACUUUAAAUAACACAAGAACAAGAUGCCUCUCUAGUACCAAAAAUAAGGAAAUUUGGAUGGCUGCCCACAAAUGUACUGCAUGGAAUGAGUCCCUUUCAAGACGGGUACUGAUGAAAGAAGUUACAGCAGUUCCUGCCCUUUCGGAAUUGCAUGCUCUCAGCUGUUUCCCACUAAGAGCUGUCAGGACUUUCCACACUUCCGCACAGCUUCAGGCUGCUCCGGUUCCCUUCUUGUUGGUCAUUCUUAAGCCAGUGCAGAAGCUCCUCGCAAUCAUUGUAGGCAGGGGCAUAAGGAAAUGGUGGCAGGCACUUCCUCCUAACAAGAAGGAAGUAUUUAAAGAAAGUGUAAGGAAGAAUAAAUGGAAUUUAUUCCUUGGUUUGAGUGGUUUUGGAUUGUUAUUCAUAGUGUUUUAUUUUACUCACCUGGAAGUGAGUCCAGUCACAGGAAGGAGCAAGCUACUGUUACUGGGGAAAGAGCAUUUCAGACUUUUGUCAGAACUGGAAUAUGAAGCAUGGAUGGAAGAGUUUAAAAAUGAUAUGCUGCCUGAGAAGGAUGCCCGGUACCUGACUGUUAAAGAAGUGGUUUGUCAUCUAAUUGAAUGCAAUAAGGACAUCCCAGGGAUCUCUGAGAUCAAUUGGAUUAUUCAUGUGGUUGAUUCCCCAGAUAUAAAUGCCUUUGUGCUUCCAAAUGGACAAGUGUUUAUAUUCACUGGGCUUUUAAAUAGUGUAACCGAUAUUCAUCAGCUCUCCUUCCUUCUGGGCCAUGAAAUAGCACAUGCAGUCCUCGGGCAUGCUGCAGAAAAGGCUAGCUUGGUUCAUUUAUUGGAUUUCCUAGGUAUGAUUUUUCUCACAAUGAUUUGGGCCAUUUGUCCUCGAGAUAGUCUGGCACUUUUGGGCCAGUGGAUCCAGUCUAAAUUGCAGGAGUAUAUAUUUGAUAGACCGUACAGUAGAACACUAGAGGCUGAAGCUGACAAAAUCGGACUACAACUUGCCGCAAAGGCUUGUGUGGACGUCAGAGCCAGUUCGGUAUUUUGGCAGCAGAUGGAAUUUGCAGAUAGCCUCCAUGGCCAUCCCAAGUUGCCAGAAUGGUUAUCUACACACCCGUCCCAUGGAAACAGAGCUGAGCAUCUGGAUAGGCUUAUCCCUCAGGCUCUCAAAGUUAGAGAAAAGUGUAAUUGCCCACCACUUUCUGGACCAGACCCUCGGUUACUAUUCAAACUCAGCAUGAAGCAUUUUCUUGAAGAAUCAGAGAAAGAAGACAGAAAUACCACUGCCAAGAAACAGAAAACGGACCCUCUUCCCAUUCAAAAACAGGAGCAAAUACCAUUAACCUGCAUAGUUGAGAAGAGAACUAGUAGUUGAAUUAAAAUUUAUGAGACAAGGGAAAUAUGAAGAAGGCAGCAAUCCUUACCGAUUUUAUGUUACCUUUUAAAAAUGAUGUUUGAAAUGGAAAACAAAUGAAUAUUCAGGGUGAAAUCAUCAUGUAUAUUGUAGAUAUCAUCUAAAUUCUUCUAGGUGUUUAUUUUUCAUGAAAUAUUUGUAUAUUCUCAUCUAUUUUAAAAUACCCUCAAUGAGGAAAAUGUCAGAAUAAAUUUAUAUUGUACAUUU